AUGAACAAGGAGAUUUCCACAGCGGAUAUCCUGUCAGGUGGCGAGAGUUAUAGUGGAGCUUCUGCGGUAGAAAAAAAUGCAAAUGCAAUGAUGAAGGUAUAUAAUGCAAUAAAGACAAGCUUUGGACCUCUAGGGUUAGACAAGAUGUGUGUUGAUUCAGCUGGGGAGGUCAGCAUUACAAACGAUGGGGCAACCAUCCUCCAGAGUAUGGUUGUGGACGACCCGGCAGCCAAGAUUCUUGUGGAUCUGGCAACACAUCAGGAUCAUGAAGUGGGGGAUGGAACCACAUCUGUUGUUUUAAUAGCUGCAAGUCUAAUUGAAAAAGGAGCCAAGCUUAUAGCAUCUGGGGUUCAUCCCUCGGUGGUUGUUUCUGGAUACAAGAUGGCAUUUAAUGAAUGUGUGCAGUUUAUUAAGAAAAGUAUAUCCAAGAGUACCUUGAAUUUGGGGUCAAAGGCAUUAAGAAAUGUUGUAAAGACAAGCAUCUCUAGCAAGGUUAUCAGCUCAGAAAGUGAACUAUUCUGUGAGAUUGUUAUAGAUGCAUUGAAGUGUAUCGAGUCAUCCACCGAAGACAAAAAGAACAUGUAUCCCAUAGAAGACAUCAAUAUUCUGAAGCACCCAGGGGGUUCUAUGAAGGAAUCAUUUUUGCACCAGGGAUAUGCUUUGAACUGCUCUUUAGCUUCUAAUUUUAUGAAAAGGGAGAUCAAGAAGCCUAAGAUCCUUUGCAUAGACUUUGGACUUCAGAAAUAUAAGAAUCCCCUGACGGUAAACAUAGUUGUCGACAAUCCCAAUAAACUGGAGGAAAUCAGAAAGAAGGAGCUAGAAAUCACACGAAAGCAAGUUAAGGCAAUUAUCGAUUCUGGAGCCAAUGUAAUACUCACGACGAGAGGCAUUGACGACAUGUGCACUAAGAUCUUACUUGAGGCAGGUGUGGUUGGGAUUAGAAGGUGCAAGAAGGAAGAUUUAAUAGUUAUUGCUAAGGCAAUAGGAACGAGUUUGGUGUCUUCUACUUCUGAUUUGAGCGGAGGGGACAAUAUCACAAGUCCAGGAUCAGCAGAUAAAUUUGAAGUUGUAUCGAUUGGUGAAGAAGAAUGUGUGUUUAUUAAUGGACUUAAGAAGAAGAUGGCAUCGAUAAUCCUAAGAGGAGCCAAUAGUCAGCUUCUUGAUGAAAUGCAAAGGUCGAUUCAUGAUGCCAUUUGUGUUUUGAGACGGACCCUUGAGUCUGGUAGUGUUGUUCCAGGAGGAGGAUCGGUUGAGUGUGCACUGUCCUUAAUGCUGGAAAAGUUUGCAUUUACCGUCAAUUCCAAGGAACAUGUUGCUAUCCACCGCUAUGCCGAGUCACUUCUGUCAAUUCCAAAAAUUUUAGCCACUAAUGCGGGUCUAGACUCGAAUGAGAUAGUCGCAGGUCUACUGUCCUCUCAAGCCAAGGAGAUAGAGAGUUCUUCGGAAACAAGGUUUCUGGGGAUUGAUGUAACGAGUGGGAAGAUUCAAAACAACUUUGAGUUUGGCAUUAUCGAACCCAGUAUGAACAAAAUGAAGUCGUUAAAGGCUGCAACCGAGGCUGCAAUAAGUAUCUUGAGGAUUAAUGAAGUGAUAAUUUUGCCACCGGAUCAGUCCAAAAAUUAA